UACACUUUUAAGGCAUUUGGACCUUUGGGAUUUAUUUUAAGGGCUAUAACGGAAACUUUCUGCUGCAGUUUCUCCAGUUUCUCCUGGUGUUUCGGUGAAAGUCAUGGCUGCUAAGCGAGCUUUAGUGAUUUUGUCGAAGGGGGCGGAGGAGAUGGAGACAGUGAUACCGGUGGACGUCAUGCGCAGAGCCGGGAUCGCUGUGACUCUAGCAGGACUGAUGGGGAAGGAUCCUGUUCAGUGCAGCCGUGACGUCCUCAUCUGUCCAGACUCGAGCCUGGAAGAAGCCUCGAAACAGGGCCCGUAUGACGUGGUUCUGUUACCCGGAGGCCUGGUCGGAGCCCAGAACCUGUCCGAGUCUCCCGCUGUGAAGGAGGUGUUGAAGGAGCAGGAGGGCAGGAAGGGGCUGAUCGCUGCCAUCUGCGCAGGUCCCACAGCGCUUUUAGCUCACGGAAUCGGUUACGGCAGCACCGUCACGACCCACCCGGGUGCCAAAGACAAGAUGAUGGCUGGAGAUCACUAUAAGUAUUCAGAGGCCCGUGUUCAGAAAGACGGACACCUGAUCACGAGCCGAGGCCCGGGCACCAGCUUCGAGUUCGCCCUGGCCAUAGUGGAGGAGCUGCUGGGUGCCGAGGUGGCCGCUCAGGUCAAAGCACCUCUCAUCCUGAAAGAUUAAUAAAGAUCAAUUCAUCCAAAUGCUAAUUAAUUAAUCUGUACUGCACUUCAUUAAAUGGAGCAGCAAAUAACAUGAGUAUUACUGUAUGGAUUCUUCUUUUUUUUGAAGAAUAAAAGCACCUUAUAUUGAGAAAGAAGAACUUUUUGUUGCAUAGUGGUAUCAGGCAAAAAAAAAACAACAACAAUAGAAACCCUCACAGAAUUCGUAAUGGUUUUAAUGGUUAUAAUGGGAAUUGUAUUGGUUUUAAUUGAAGCUCUAAUGGUCCCUGUGGGUCUCUACUGGUAAUUUGUUGCCUUCUAUUGGUGACAUGUCUAGUAGAUACCAUUAAGGUAUAUUAAACUGAUAAUGGUAAUGGUUUUAAUGGUUAGCUGAUGGUUUGUAAUGGUAUUUGUAGUGGAAACCAUUAGACUUUCUGUGAUGAUUUUUUUUUUUUUCAGCAGUAGUGGCACGUUUAAGCACCUUAAAUUUUGUUUCUUUGCCAAAAUAGGAACAAAAUCACUGUAAAACUGUGUUAGCAAUCUUGUGACGUGGCACACUUGUGAAAAAUUAAACCAUAUCCUACAGUAAAAA